AUGGGCACACUGAAAGCAAAUGAAGAACUAACUCAUGCAGAAAUUUUAUCUAUAAAAGGUGUUGAUGGUCCAGAAUCUCUUGCAUUCCAUCGUCCGACUAAUAGUGUAUUUACUGGCUCUAGAACGGGUUAUAUUAUCAAAAUUCAUAUUGACGAGUUAAAUACGACAAAAGUCGCGCAAGGCUUUAAAUUAUUAAAAACAAAAAACAUUGUAAGCUGCGAUGGAUCUUAUCACACAUUUUCUGUUUGCGGUCGACCUCUUGGAAUUCGAUUCCAUCCUCAAGAUGCCAAUUUGAUGAUUGUUGCUGAUGCUUAUCAUGGGAUAUUUGGUGUCCAAUUAGAAACUGCACAGAUUAAAAGGAUUUUGAAGCCUGGUACAAAGGUUAUUAACGAUGUAUCGGGUAACAGGCCUGUUUUGCAUUUUAAUGAUUUUGAUAUUAGUCGAAGCGGACGGUAUAUUGUUUUUACUGAACCAUCAAAUCGUUUCCCUGAUCGUGACUUUUUAUAUGCAAUGAUGGAGCAUAAUCCAGAUGGACGUUUACUGUGGUUUGAUACACAAGACAAAAUACUUCGGGUAAUAGUUGAUAAAUUAUAUUAUCCAAAUGGAGUAGAACUUGAUGAUACAGGACGAUGCGUGUAUUUUUCUGAAAUGGGUAAUCUCCGAAUACUUAAACAUUGCUUCUAUUAUGAACGUUAUAAAUUUACGGUUGUUGCAAGCAAUUUGCCGGGUUAUCCUGACAAUAUUCGGAAAUCAAAAAGUGGUAUGCUUUGGGUACCUCUCGGACGUACACGUUUAAAAGAUGAUUCUUGGAUUACUGAAAGACCUGCGCUAAGAAACUUUAUUGCAUCGCUAUACUUACCCUUUACAGUGGAUUAUUUACUUGAUUUUAUACUACCCAAAUAUGGUUUAUUGUUGUUAAUUGAUCCAAAAAAUGGUACAAUUGUACGAAGUUUUCAUGAUCCGAACGGAUCAACUAUUUAUUCAAUUUCUCAUGCGUUAGAAUUGGAUGAUGGAUCUGUUGUCCUUGGAAGUGAUGUUAAUUCAUAUUUGGUCAGAUUUAGACCAUCGAAAUUACCAUAA